UUUGCAUACUACGCUAGUGAAGGACAGAAGGCGCUGCCCUAUGCCUUCGCUGAGCUCAUCGAUAACGCGCUGUCAGCCACAGCAAGAAACACGGGAAUCAGGAGAAUUGAAAUCAGACUGCUGUUUGAUGAGUCUCAGGGAGGACCUGCUGUUGUGGUGAUGGAUAACGGCUGUGGAAUGACAUCUAAACAGCUGAACAACUGGGCCGUUUACCGUCUGUCCAAGUUCAUACGAGAAAACGGCAUGAAGAGUGAAGAAACCGGUUACGUGCGGCCGGAUCCAGUUCCACGCAGUCUGAACAGUGACAUCUCGUAUUUUGGAGUCGGAGGCAAACAGGCUGUGUUUUACAUCGGCCAGUCUGUCAGAAUGAUCAGUAAACCUGCAGGCUCUCCAGAUGUUCAUGAAUUUAUCAUGUCUAAAGAAGACUUUGAGCGCAAGCAGAUGAACAAGGAAGUCAUUUACUCUGGCUUCAUUAGAAACAGGAAGCCUGGCGAUUACUCACACGUGAAUGGAAGCGAGGAGCAGUUUCUGCAGUCCAUUGUGACUGAAGAAGAAGGAAAGGAGAGUUUUACUGCAGUUGUCAUCACUCGAGUCCAACAGGAACACGUCACCUUCCUGAAACACAAUUUCAGUCUGUGGACCAGAGAGUUGGCGCAUACAUACCAUUACUAUAUACAUGGAGUUGAUGGAAACGACCAGGAAAAAAUUAGAAUAAAUGACCACGUCUCCAACAUUGACAUUCAGAUCACUUUGCUCGAGCGCUCUCCUCGAAUACCCCGUGUGAUGAAUCUGAGAGAGGUGGAGAAUGACAUGCAGACUCUGUAUAUCAACUCUAGUUUUUCUACUUUUGAGUUCAAAGCCACCGGCGCCGGAGAUUCCUUAGUGGAGGGAUUGAUCCGUUAUCACCCGUUCCUCUACGAUCGAGAAACAUACCCAGUGGAUCCAUAUGCAUUAGGUCCUUCAGAGGAUGAGGAUGAAGAUUGUGUAAUUCUGAACUCUGAAGCUCGGGGCAAGCGGCCGAUCUUUGAGUGCUUCUGGAAUGGGCGGCUCAUUCCCUACACCACUGUCUCAGAGUUUGAGUGGUGUGCAAGGCCUAAGAAAGCAGGUGCAGUGCCGCUGGAGUGUUAUAACCGGAUUUCAGGAGUUCUCUUCGCCAACGACCGAUUCCAAGUCAGUACCAACAAACUUACUUUCAUGGACCUGGAGCUUCAACUCCGUGACAACAACACCAUUUUUACCAGAGUGCACAAUGGCCAGGAGCUGCGGGUGAAGAUUGAGAGGGAGUUUACAAACUGGUUAAAAGAAUGUCAUGAGCGCUUCGAUAAGCAGGUGAUGUUUCAGGGUUUUCUGGGUUCGACGACUCGUACAGAUGUUGCCACCAAACGGCUUCAGUCACCCUGGGCUCAAUUCCACACCAUUAAGUGGGACAGCAAGACUUACAAGAAAGGACAAUGUGUGAAGUCAGUGAAAACAAACCCCGUCUUUGUUGGCUCUAUAGUUAAGUUCUUGCUCUACGGAGAGCAUGAAGGAGACGUGUACGGCACAGGAGGAUAUGUCCAGAUUGCACUGGAACCAAAGGAGUUGUAUGAUGAGCUGAGGAUCGUUCCCAUCUCUAAGAUCGACAGGCUGGCUGCAGCCGCAACCAUUAAGAAGAAAAUCGAGGAUGAGCUCGCAAAACUUCCAGAUCAGCUGAGGGUUACGUGGCCUGAGGGAAACGCCUGGGCUGAGAAUGAAGCUCGACCGGCUGGCACACCCAUGGGUCCAGUUAAAGUGGAGAUUUUGAACAAAAAAGGAGACUCGAUGUCUCGGCUGCCCGUGGCUGGCACUACUAAGAAACUGUUGAUUGAGCUAAAAGUCAUCUGGCACUCUCCUAAAGGGGACGUCCAGACGAACUCCCACAUUGGUGUUCAUUCAUCCAAGUGGGAAUACUGGUUCAAGCCCAUGGAGAAUCUCAGUAAGCUUGGGAAGUACACGCUGCAUCUGCAGACCAUGCUGAGUGACAACUCGGCCAGCGAAUGGGCCGGAAAAAGACUCCCCAACCACACCCUCAAGUUCUCCAUUAAAGAAGGUGAAGCAGUAUCUUUUGUUCUAGGCAUCAUUUCCUCUCCCGUCCAUGUCGGAGUUCCCUUCAGUAUUCCUCUAGAUUUUAGGGAUGAGUUUGAUUAUCCCACCCAGCCACCCUGUGACAUUAAACCCCAGCUGGAAUGUAGUUCACUACAGCUAAGUUAUGAGGGAAUCGCAUUUGGGACCACUUGUGUCAUCAGAAAUGUGAGGGCCAUGGGACAGAUCAGUCAUCAAAACAAGAUGUACACAGUGAAGGUGCACAUCCCAGGACUGAAGCAGGACAGUCAGUCUCUUCAAAUUGUAUUGCAACCCGGCCCUCCGCACACUCUCGUGGUGUUGCCAGAUGGUGAUGUGCUCUCUGUUGAGAAUCGAACUCCAGCAAACUUCAGAGUUGAGGUUCACGAUGAGUACCAGAAUAUCACCACUCAGCCUAAACUCACGGUCCGCUGCCAGUUGCUGGGGGCCCCUGAUCUGCCCGUGGAUGUUGUGGACUGCAGUAACACCGGCUCUGGACUCCUGCUGACCAAACCACUUCUGCUGAAGACCGUAAACGCUGAGCAAAUCCUUACUGCUAAGUUCAACAUUCCUAACCACAGGACAGUGGCGUGCGUGGAACGCCAGCUCCGCGUCUUGCCCAGCUCACGAAUAUCCCGUUUGGAGAUCUACAGACAGGAAGAGGGCUCUGAUGAUGUCAUGGUGCUGCAGAACGCCGAGCGCAUUGAUUGGACGGCAGGAGACACGCUAGGAAACCUGUGCUUCAGACUGUAUGAUGAGGGCAAUAGACUGGUUUCCCUUCGGCCAAAACUCACCAGCAUGAUUAAGGUGAAUUGGACAGCAGAUAUAAACGCAGAAGAGCUUUCUCAGGGAAAACUGCCUCCUUUAAGUGUCCCGUCUCAAGCACAGAGAGAGCAUUUCUACCACGUGUCUUUCCACGACCAGCACACGGUCAACUUUUCCUUCAUCAUUGUGCCUCGUCCAGAUGAGCCUGAGCGUUUGCGGGUCAACCUCAGCGAGUCGACUGUGAAAAUGGGAGAAAUUCUGUCUGGAAACAUAUAUGUAGAACUUGUUGAUCAGUACGGGAAUAAAACGGACUGUCUGAACGCUGAUAUUGUGAAGACUUUGAGUGUGUCUGCUGAUGGUCUGGAUAAAUCAGCUCUGGCCGUUGAAUGGCAGGCCAGCAGUGGACGGUUGUCUGUAUGCCGGGUCCGGUUCGUAGGAGGAACUCCUGGCCCGAGGGAGUUGUGCUUUAAGUAUCAGGACAUGAUGGAAUUUGUGCGAAUCGAAGUCACCGCGGGACCUCCGGUACAGAUAAAGCUGCUGGAGAAGCCAGAGAUGCCUCUCCAGGUCGUGAAUGGCCAGGGCUUGGACGCUCCGCUGGUCGUGCAGCUGUGUGACGAAUGGGGAAAUCCUUCACCAGACCAGCGGAUUGAAAUCAUGAUGAAGGCUCUGAUGCCAAAGUUGAAGAUAAAGUCUUUAAUAUCUUCUCAGCCUGUGGAUUCAGAAGGAAAAGCUUGCUUCGUAUUAGAAACUAUAAGUGGUCCAAAAGGGGUGCAUCAGUUGCAGUUUCAGGGGUCUUUUGGCAGGAAGGGGAUUCCUGGACCUGUAGUAAAACUAAACUUGAUUCCUGACCCCAACAAACCCGUCGAACUCUCUAUUAAAUAUGACAGUGCUGCUAGCUUACAUGCAGGGGACAUUUUCCCAGUGUUUACAGUGAUCGUGAUUUCUGAGGAUGGCACGCCGGUGAGAAACAUCUGCCCUGCAAACCUCUCGAUGCUGCUGUGGAAGGGCACGGUAUCAGGCUCCUAUCCACCCUCUACCGCCUCGACUCUGAAGUGUAGUAAACGCAAAGACACAGAAAACGACGACUGCUUCUGCUUCAGGGAUAAGCAGAUUCCAGAGCUUGCAGGACAGUAUGUUGUCCAGUUUGUGUUGGCUUUGGACGAAACCAAACAUCUGUGGAGCAAGCAGACUCCACUAAAUGUUGUUGCCAAUAAAGCGGUGAAAUUAGCCCCCGAGGCUCCAGCUUCAACUCCUGUUGUGUCCAAUAGUAGCAAUCGGACCAAUCGCACACUGCUAGACAGCUUAAAUCUGAAGAUCAUGGACCAAUACGGUAACGCUGCUGGUGAGGGUUUAGAUGGAAAAGUGAUUGUUACUGUAAAAGGCACCGGAGACGUGGCGCUUCCUUUGUUUGAGAAUGGAGAAACAAGUGUGUCAUACAGCUUCACUAACGGGGAGACUCUCAUUACUGAUUUGGCACUUUUGGAGAACAGUCCCGGUGUGGAUGGAGCCGAGUACAUCCUUCAGUUCAGUGCUGAGAUUCAUCAGAAAAGUGUUGCCAUCGCUCCAUAUAUCCUGCCUCUCAGAUUCUGCAACGAUGCAGAAAAUCAGAAAGUCAUAGUGAGUCUAAGUAAGAAGAAAGAUCGCCUUUCCCAAACCGUUUUGAUGUACCAGGAAUUUUUCGAUACCAAUAAUCAACUAACAUCUGAACUUGAAUGUCAGGUGCGAGAUGCAACUCACAAACUAAACGAGCUCAAGCCAGAGCUCAUGAAAUGUGGUUUAGACGUCUCAGAACUAACCACUGUAUCCACAAUAGAGAAAGUUAUAAAUGACAAGAAAGCAAUUUUGACCAAGAUAGAGAAUCAGCCUCUGCGGAAAUGCGGCAUUUCUGACCCUUUCAAAGGCAGCCCACAGGUUCUGGGAAAGAAAAAAAAACCUCUGCGGAAAUGCGGCAUUUCUGACCCUUUCAAAGGCAGCCCACAGGUUCUGGGAAAGGUGGGUCAUCUGGCACAGGUGGAGGAUGAUGAUGCAGCGAAGGUGAUCUCUUGGCAUAUUCUGGGUGACAUGGACUGUGUGGUUACUGAAACUACAUCUGCUGCCAAGAAAAUCUAUGAUGAUACGCAAGGACGACAACAAGUCAUUCCCCUCGAGACGGUCUUCUGGAGACCAAAUGACAGGCCUCUGCCUCACAUCAGGAAUGGCUCACCUCUCUUCCGUCCCAUUGGUAAUCCUGAGUUUGUAAAAGACAUGCUCAUUUUUCCUGAGCACGUAGAAAGCUGCAAUAAAGUUUUUGCAAGUCUUCUUGGAGACACCAUACUAAUUGAUGACUUGGAUUCUGCUAAUCAUUAUCGUCGGGGGGUGGUUCAGAAUAAGAUGCAGUGCCCCACGCUCUUAACGCGUCAGGGCGAGCGGAUACGCAGCAACGGGAAGUUCGGAGGACUGCAGAACAAGGCUCCGUCCAUUGAGAAACUUCGAGGACAAGUGUUUGGAGCGCCAUUACCCAAAGAGUACAACCGCAUACGCCAUCAGAUGGAGUUACUGCAGCAGUGUUGUGUUGCAAUGCAGAAGGCCUCUGAGGUCCGGUCUGAGUAUAACAGUCAUUUGGAGCACCUGCAGAGUCCUGAGAUGAAACAGAAACAACAAGACCUCCAGCAGCAAGAGCAAGAGCUAAGGGAACUUGAGGAAACCCUUGCCAGCACUCCUACACGACUGUACGCUGUAAGAGUGAAAAGGAUCCUUGAGCCAGAAACGCCCGAGCCCUCAGUCCCUUCUAAAAGAUCCCGGCGCAAAACACGCAAACUGGAUUCAUGAAGUUGCACGAGCUGACAGCUGAUGCAGUGCUUUUUUAUUAGGUUAAUCAGUGUCAAAAAAAUAUUUUAUGUUCAUUUGCAAAUCCUUUUUUUGUUCACUCUUUACAGAUUAUGACUUGUCUGAUUGAAGCAGAAAGCAAAAAAAAAAGUUCAAUAAUUGGACUGUGUCCAUAAUAUAUUUUGUGUCUUUCUUUGAGGAAAAAAAAGUUUUUACACUUGCAUCAGGUCUUGUCUUUUUUUUUUAAUUCAACAAACCUUCCAGCAGUCACACUUUCACUGGAGCUCUAUUCAAGUGGGAUUGUUUUCUCAUCAUAUGUUUAUAAAGUUCAGUGUAUACUUUGGUUUUUGCACGCAUACAUUGUAGUGGAUGCAUACAGCUUACAAUAGCAUUUCAACAGAUAUUCCAUUAAACCAUAUGCACCAUAGUGGACAUUGAUUGCACUUUUCCACUCAAGUGUCUAAAUUCACUAAUCGUUUUCAUUCACUCCUUCAAGUGGACUAUUAUAGUGAUCUAAUAUGGGAAAUAAUUUAUCCAACUUAUUUUUCAGCAUGACAGCUAUUCAUUACCAUAACAAACUGAUGUCCUUU